AGAUACAACGUUGCAUCAUUUACAGAGAAAUGAAACUUAACAUGGUUGCAUAAAUCUGAGCAACUGGUAAACACAGUGCAGUUUCUACACUUGGAUACAAAGAGAGGCAUCAGAGCAGAGCAUCUACAUCGAAGAAGACAUGGCCACUGCCAGCAGCUUUCUGUCUGAAGAUCAGUUCCUGUGCUCCAUCUGUCUGGAUGUUUUCACCGAGCCCGUUUCUGUUCCAUGUGGACACAACUUCUGCAAGGCCUGUAUCAGCAGACACUGGAAGGACAAAGUGCAUUGUCAGUGUCCACUGUGUAAAGAGACAUUCAGCAAGGGGCUCAAACUUUGCGUUAACACAGGAUUCAGGGAGGUUGUGGAGAAUUUCAAGCAACAUCGUAUCAUAGCUAAAAAUAAUUCCCCAGUCAAACCAGGAGAGGUGCCAUGUGAUCGCUGCUCUGGCACCAAGUUCAAAGCCUGUAAAACAUGUUUGGUCUGUUUGACCUCUUAUUGCGAGACACAUCUAGAGCCUCAUGAGAGAGAUGCUGCCUUAAUGAAGCACAAAUUGACUGAUCCCUUAAAGAACCUGAAGGACAAAAUAUGCAAGAAACAUAACAGGAUUUUAGAGCUCUACUGCAGGGAUGACCUGAUGCCUGUUUGUGUCCUGUGUUCAGAACAUAGGGCACAUAAUACAGUCCUUUUAGAGGAAGAGUAUGAAGAGAAGAAGGCUCACAUGGAGAGGAAAAAGAUGGAAGUGGAGGAGAUGAUACAAGAACGACAAAAAAAGGUUCAGGAGAUAGAGCAUGCAGCACAAACCAAGAGGAGGGACAACGAUGAAGCAGUGAUAAAUAGUGCUCAGACUCUCAAUACAUUAGUAGCUUCCAUUAACAGACAGCUGUCUAAGCUGGUUCAUGUGAUUGGAGAGAAGCAAAGAGCAACACAAAGACAGGCUGACAUGCUGGUUAAAGAGCUGGAGAAGGAAAUCACUGAACUCAAGAUGAAAAGCACUAGGCUGGAGGGCAUCUCACAUAUUGAAGAUCAGAUCCAGUUCAUCAAGCGCUUCCAGUCCUUCACCUCCUCCUCUUCACACACCAAGAACUGGUCUGACAUCAGUAUCCACAGCCAGCCCUAUGUGGAACCAGUGAGAAGAGCUCUGGUUCAGCUGGAGGAGACACUCAACAAAGAGAUGAAGCAAGCUGGUCAAGAUUUCAGGGUGUGCUGUGAUACAAUUCUUGCUGAAGAAACUGAAACAGUAAAUAAACCUGCAGAGACAGUCACAGAUCUAGAGUCCCUGCCCGAAGGCAUCAAGUUGGACACAAUCCGGCGGCAGUAUACAGUGGACAUGACAUUUGACCCAGACACUGCAAACGAUCUGAUCAUGUUUUCUGAGGAUUUUAAACAAGUGCAAACUCCUCACAUUUGGUGGUGUGACAAUAUCCCACAUAAAUUCAAUGCAUACUCCUACGUCCUGGGGAAAAAGGGCUUUUCUGAAGGGAGAUUCUACUAUGAAGUUCAGGUAGAAAUGAAGACUGGCUGGGAUUUAGGAGUAGUCAGAGAGUCAAUGCGUGGGAAGAAGAUAUUUACACCUAACACCAGGAAUGGAAUCUGGAUCAUAAGGUUGAGGAAUAACACCAACUGCAGGGCUCUACAUAACACACCUGUCAAGAUUUCUUUGAGACAGAAACCUGGCAGAGUCGGGGUGUUUGUAGAUUACAGGAAGGGAUUGGUUUCCUUCUAUGAUGCAGACACUGCGACUCUGAUCUACUCAUUUACUGACUGCAAAUUCAAUGAGAAAAUCUUCCCGUUCUUUAGCCCUGGUCCCCCUGAGGAUGGUAUAAAUGGUCCCCCUCUUGUCCUCUCACCUACUAAAAACUGGGAACAGAAGCUACGAGAGACAACUCAAAAGACAAAGGACAUUUGGGCAAAAUCUCCAAAUGUCUUAUUGGACAUUAUUAUUGGCAUUAUCAUUGUCAUCUCCAUUGUCAUCACAUACAUACAGAGUUGAAUAGAGUCUGAUGAAAUCGGAAAUCUGAAUCUAGUCAAAUCUGAUCAUGAUAAGUACAUUUCAUGGAUACUUUGACGUCCCUCUGCCCAUGUAGUGAGGUGACUAAAUCUCUCUGUAAUAUUUGAUAUAAUAUUUGAUAAUUUCAUUCUUUCUUCUGUUUCCUAUGACAUGCUGGAGCAAGGAGAGUUGAAGGUCAGGUCACGUCUCCAUCUGCAUAAAAAUUACGGACUGUAAAGAAUAAUAAGCAACAAUUUUGGGUUGCAUCUCUAACCCAUUGUGCUGGGUAACUUGUUUUAACCCAACGUUAGGUCAAACUCACCCAACCUAUAACUCAUCAGCCUGAACCCAGCAGUUGUGUUAUAAAAAUAACCCAGCAGUUUUAAGAGUUUAGACCAUGUAAUACUACAAUGUCAUUCGUUAUGCUGACAGCAGCAUUUCUAUCCCAUGUUUUCACUAGUUUAUAACGUUUAAUCAUGCAAUUCAUAUUUCAUUUUUGUAUUAAUAGUGUAAAUUAUCAUUUUAAACUAUUUAUGGCGUUUUAAUGUAUUUCCAGUGCACAUUAUCUAACCCUACUGUAGACAUUUAUUUUUUAUUUUUUUUAUCUUAUCCUGUUUUUAUACAGCUUUUAACUGAAAAAAAUCCCCCCAAAAAGAGAAAUACUGGUGCUGCUGCUGAUAAUUGCUCAUAGGGUCAUUAUUGUUGUUGCUAAAGGAAUGACAUUUAAUCAAUAUUUUGGCCGUCUUAAUAUAAUAUUCAGAUUAAUGAAAUAUUAUCAUACACCACCAAUACACACCAAUAUUUUAUAUUAAAAUACAAUAACUUGUUUUGUUGACUUACAGAGACACAAACUAAUUUCAAAGGAUGAAGGAAAAGAUAUUUUUAAACAUUUUUGCAUUUUUUAAGUGCAAGGCAUUGAAUGUUGGUAAAAAAUCUUCAACAAAUUUAGAGUUGUACCAAUGAUGCAUCAAAUACAUUGUUUUCUAAAUAAAAUGCCAUUGUCAACUGUCUUUUUUUCUGGGUAGUUAUAUUUCUGACAGUCCAAACAUAAAUAUAGAAACCAUGUGUUUAUGAGAAAUGGACAUAAAAUGGUUUUUUUUAGACAAAACUUAAUGUUUUACUGAAUUAUC